AAGCGUGCUUUCAAAAGUUGCAAAACUACGGAGGAUGUCUGGUCUGGUGCCAGCCGCCCUUCCAAGUCCAGGCUCCCACCUAGAGGCCACCCGCUACAGAACAGCCAUGUGGGAUGGAAAGGCCGCCCUUUUCUUGUAUUGUCUCCAAGUGAGCGGGAACAAAAAAACGAAACCAAAACCAGCUUGCCGGGCCCUCUGCACCGCCCGCGCUCCGCUGGGUUUGGGGCUUCCUCGCGGCCGCCCAGGGCGCGUCUCUCCUCCACCAUGGCAUCAGUUUCGAAUGUCAAGAAAUCGAGAGCUCCUGAAAGAACCAUUGUCGUUGCUGGUCUUCCUGUUGGCCUUUUGAGUGAUCAGUUGCUGACUACAUUAGUGGAGAGUUACUUCCGAGACAUUAAAAAUGAGGGUGGAGAUAUUGAAGAUGUGAUAUAUCCAACAAGAACCAAAGGAGUUGCAUAUGUAAUAUUCAAAGAAAAGAAAGUUGCAGAGAAUGUUGUCAGACAAAAGAAACACCAUCUAGCAAUUCAGAAGACGGUACAUGCUCAACUCACAGUCUCUCACUUUAGUGAAAAGGUCUUCAGCUCUGUGAAAGUGACCCUUGAUCUUUCUGUUUUUCGUGGUCAAAUUAUACUGGAAAGCCUGGUAAUAGACCUGAAAAAGAAAAUCCCAACUUUAAACUUCAGCUCCUUGGGACCUGGAGGAAGAAUCUCUGUGGAAGGACCCUUUCUGGCUAUCAAGAAUCUCAAAGAGUCUUUGCUAUCAAAAGCAAGUUCUCUUUUAGAAAAAAACAGGAAUUUUAUGACUGAAGGGAAAAAACAGAACAGACAAAGCCCCGAAAAGAGUCUACAGAGGAGUGAUAACUUGGUGGAGACGCUCAGGCCCUUAGUACCUGAAACUGUUAGAAGCCCAGAAAUGCUUGUGAUGGACACAGAUGUUUUCCUUUACCUGAAAUGGAAGUGUGAGUUUUAUGAAAUCACCCUGAACAAAUUUAAUAUUCUAAGUCAGGAGAGGGUGGAUGGUGACGUCACCACCAUUUGUCUAGCAAGUGCUCAAGGUGAUUCUGGGCCAAACAGCGCGCAGUACGUAAAGGAGCUCAUUGAGGAAUGGGUCCAGGCUCUUCACUCUGAGCUUAGGAAAGAGACAUUUAUUUUGGAAGGAAAGGGAAAUAGAGAGAAGAGAAAUAUUGAACGGGCAUGUGAACAACUACAAUCAAGACACCUUAGGGUUCUGGUUAAUUUUCAUAAGACACACAUUGACAUUAUAGGUUCUUCUCCUGACACUUACCUAUUUAAAAAAGAGGUCAUGAAAUUAAUAGGGCAAAAGGUUAGUUAAUAAAAUCUCAGUCAUAGAUGUUAAUAGUGCCCUUCCCUUACCGAGUAGUGACUGUACCUGUACCACUCUAUCUAGCUCACAUUUCACCUUUGGUCACCGUCUUUCUUUGUGAGCAUUACUAUCCUUAUGUUGUAGGGGAAGAAACUAGGAUUUGGGGAAAUUAAAACUCUUGUGAACUUAUUCAGCUAACAAGAAAUGAGACUGGGAACCGAGGAAUGGGAACCUAGUCUAUCUGAUUACAAAGAUAAUAUCUAAAUAAAACUUUGGAAAAACCAAACUUCCAAGAAAUCUCAUAUUCUCUGGAAAUCCAAAUUAUUAGAAAAGAAGUAGCCUGAACACAUGGGAGUUUGGAUGAUCAUUAUGCCUGUUGGCAAUUUGUUAAUAGUUAUCAAGUCUGUAUUUACUCAUAGAAUUAGAAUGAUAUCAAAAAACUUGGGAAGCUACUUAGAAAGUAUUUUUAAUGGAGGUAUUUAUUAUAUAUAUAUAUCACAUAUGUAAUAUCAUACAUAUUAUAUAUUACUAUAUAUAUAUUUCUGAAUUCCAUUUUCAUGAGUUUUCUGGAUAGGUGAGGCAGUUCUAUUACUUAUUUAGCUUAUGUGCUUUUAUAAAAUGUUAGUUCUCCUGUUAAGUUAGGAAUUUUGAAUGAAAUCUACAAUUGCUAUUUACAUGCUCCUUUUCUUACAUGGGAUUAUACCCAGAUAAGCUAUAUAAGUUGAAAAUAUUGUAAAUCUAAAAUGUGUUUAAUACAUGGAACUCACUGAACAUCCUGUGUAGAAACACAGCACACUGAAGAUUUGCCUUCGUGAUCACAUGGCCAACUGGGAGCUGUGACUCACUAUAGCUGCCCAGUAUCACUCGAAAAUAUGACACUGAAUAUUGUUAGUUAGAAAAUCAAAAUUCAAAAUAUAGUUUUACUGAAUGCAUAUCAAUUUUAUGCCAAUGUAAAGUAAAAAUUUGUAGAAAAAUUAAAUUGUAAGUUGAACAAUUGUUAAGUCUACAUCUGUAUUCUUAACAUCUGUGAUCUUAUUCAAAUGCUACUACUUUGAUGAUAUAAUUAUAAAAUAAAAAAAGAAAAAAGAAAAAGCCACAAUGAUUUAUUUCAAAGUCUUUAGCUUCCUUAAAUUUAACUUCAGAUUAAAUUGAUUUUAAGUAUCUGGGCCACUGCAUAGAUCUUCCUAGUUGCUCAUCUCAAACUAAACAACGUGAUUAUAAUCGUUCAAACUAUUGUGUCAGUAGAAAAAGAAUAAGAAAAAUAUUCCUUCAUUUUCCUUCGUCAUCUAAAUUCUAAAUGUGUAAAUAAUUUCCAUUUCCUUAAAUAGUGUAUUUCUGACACCAAAAGUAUAGGUAACAAAAGCAAAAACUGACAGAUGGCACUACAUCAAAUUUAAAAACAUUUUUGUGCAUCAAAGGACACAAUCAACAGAGUAAAAAGAGCUAUUCAGCCAGUUCAGACAGCUAUAACGAAAAUUGCUGGGUGACUUAAACAAUAGAUGCUUAUUUCUUACACUUUUAGAGACUGAGGGGCUGGAAUCUGAGAACAGAGGGAAGGCAUGGAUGGAUCCUGAGGAGAACUCCAUUCCUGAAGAGAGGAAACAUCUCUCUUUGAGGGGCUCUUCUCCAUCACGCUAUACUUUCAUGUCUUAAUUAUCUCCUGAAGGCCCUACCUUCAAUUAUCAUCACAUCAGGGAUUAGAGUUUCCACAGAUGAAUUUUGAAGGCACACAAAUAUUUAGUUCAUAGCAUUCUAUCCCUGGCCCUCCAAAAUUCAUGUCAUUGUUAAGUGCCAAAUACCUUUAUUCUAUCCCAACAGCCCCAGACAUGAACUGAUUCUGGCAUUAGCUCUAAUAGUCUAAUAACCAAAGUUUCAUCUAAAUAUCACCUGAAUCAGAUACUGGUGAGACUUGGGUGCAAUUCAAUCUGUGCAAAAAUCUUGCCCAUGUAUGAAGCUAACAAAUUUUGGGCUUCCAAACUAUAAUGUUGGGAAGAGGAUAAGACAGAUAAUCCUGUUCUAAAGGAAGAAACAGGAAAGAAGAAAGAGGUUAUGGGUCUCAAGCAAGUUGAAAACCUGGCAAGGUGAACUGCAUGAAAAUAAUCUUGGAUUCAAUGCAGGCUCACUGGGGUCACCAUGUGCAAGCCCUUACCAGAGAGCAAACCUACUAGUUAUUUGAUCUUGGAUUUCUAGCCUCCGGAAGUGUGAGCAAUAAAUUUCUGUUGUUUAUAAGCAACCUAGACUAGUAUUUUGUUACAGCAGCCUGAACAGACCAAGUUAGUGGCAGAGAGAGGAGUGAUACAACUAUAGCCAAGGAUCUGCAAAGGUUGCCAGGAGCCACCAGGAGUGGCAGGAGGCAAGGGAAGGUUUCCUUCGAGCCUUCACAAACAAUGUGGCCCUGCUGACAUUGAUUUUAUAAUUCUAGCCUUCAGGGAACUGUGAGAGAAUAUAUUUCUGUUGCUUUAAGCCACCAGUUUGUAGUAAUUUGUAUGGCAGCCCUAGGAAAUGAAUAAACCUGACUUUUUUUCAAAAAAGAUGAUUUUGGGUGUGGGUCUCUGAUGUAUACUCCUAUAUCACCCUUAUCCUUUAGCGCAGAAACUUCUUUUUCUCUUUUGUUCAUCCCCAGUUUAUAACAGAGCUGCUGGCAUAUAGUGGGCAUUCAUACUUGUGAAUAUAUGCGAAUACUUGUGAAAUAUAUGAAUUACUUUUUUAAUAUCCAUAGAACUUAACACAGGGGUUGGCACUUAAUAAGCAUUUAAUAAAUGGGUGUUUAUUGGG